AUGAGGAAGAGUCUAUCCAGUCUGAGGAAGAAGACCAAACCCAGUGGCACAUGGCACAAGGAGCCAUACAAACGCACACUGGCAUUCACGCCAACGUCACGAGACCAGGGGAACAUUAAUUAUCCCCGAGAAAAAGAAAAUAGGGAGGAAGAAGACCAGCCACUAGAUGGAGGAGUUUACCAUCAGUUAAGAAGUGGCUUACAAGCACCAUUAUUGCAGGGAAGGAAUGGCCAAUCUAAAUAUCAGCCAUGGAGUCAUAGUGACAUGACAGCUGUAUUAGCUAAAUUACCCCCCAUCACCUCGGGAGGAGGUAGGUGGCUGACUAAAUUACAUGCAUUAUGCCAUGGAACCACUUUGGCGGUGGGAGAUUUGAGAUGCCUGUUAGGCCAAAUUUUUACUGUUUCUCAGAUGACAGCUUUUGAACAAAACACACACAUAGAAGAUGUACUUAAUGAACAGGUAUACACAGCAGUAAGUACAGAAAUGAGUAAAGCCCUUAGAGCCCAAUUCCCGAUGCCCCCCACAGUGUACCAAAACAUUAAAUUUCGCAUUAAGCCCGGUGAGACUGGAUCAGGGUAUUAUUUCAGAUGUGCGGCAGAAUGGGAACAAAUGGUUGAGGAAAAUAGUUUGAAUAACCCUAUAACUCGAGACAUUUUCAGAACAGCCGUGAUGUCUGGGGCCCCCAAUGGUGUGAAACAAGCAAUGGAGGGAAACCCUGACAUACCAGUGGCCUCUAACGAAGUGUGGGAGAGGCAUUUAGUAUUUCACAUAGAUAGAUCAGUGGACAAGCAGAGUAAAGACUUAGAUGACAUUGAAACUGCCAAACACCAAUUAUUAAAACUACAAUUGGAGGCGGCCAAAGGAGGUAAGAAACCUAAACAAAUGUCGCAACAACCUAUGGAUGGCUCUGCCAUGCCGCCCGGGAUCCAAACCCCACCAGCUCCGUCAGUCAUACCCCCUUAUUUCAGUCAUGGUCGUGAAUUAACAGACGGCCCAGGGGCCGAGCAGUUGAUUGCACAACAACCUGCUGACCUCUGGUCACAAGGCCCAACGGAUGUUGGCUUGUGUGACAUCACUCCAGUGACCUUUGAAAUUACACACACAGAACCCCAGUGGGUUCCACAAUAUCGUAACAAACUAGAGGCUGAAGAAGGCAUUACAUCAACAAUGCAGGGCCUGUUGGAGAAGGGUGUCAUAACCAAGUUGCAUUCCCCGUGGAACACCCCCAUUUUCCCCGUUCAAAAACCAGGCACUGACAAAUAUAGGCUAGUCCAUGAUCUCCGUCGCAUAAAUAGCCUCGUGACCACUCCAACAUUAUCUGUGCCAAAUCCAUACACCGCCAUCUCAAGUUUGACCCCAGCUCAUCAGUGGUUUACAUGCAUUGAUCUGGCCAACGCAUUUUUCUGCAUACCAAUUGCAGAGGAAUGUAAAUCAUGUCUGGCCUUUACCUACAGGGGACAUCAAUAUUCUUACAACAGAUUGCCACAAGGCUUUAUCCUAUCACCAGGUAUUUUUAACCAAGUUUUAAAGACCCAACUACAAAAUUGGGAGCUGCCCGUAGACUGUAUCUUAAUAAUGUAUGUUGAUGACCUUUUGCUAGCAGCUACAACAACAGAAGACUGUCUGACAGCCACAGACGCCAUUUUAAGACAGCUAUAUGUGUCAGGUUUCAAGGUCAGUAAAGAGAAAUUGCAGGUUUGCAGGCCAUCAGUUGCCUUUAUGGGCCGUUCAAUUACAGGUCAAGGCUCAACUUUGUCUCAUCGCCAACGUGAUGGAAUUCUGUCACACCCCAAACCCCACACAGUUAAGGACAUGCUUUCCUUCUUAGGACUGACAGGGUUUAGCAGAAACUAUAUCCCUAUGUAUGUUGCUGUCACUACCCCAUUGAGAAAUAUGGUCAGGGAACAGGGCAUGAGAAAUCUGCAGGGGAAACUUAUCUGGACACCUGAGGCAGAGUUAGCAUUUAUCAACCUGAAAGCACAAAUGUCUCAUGCAGCGCAUUUACACAGUGCUGAUUACAGUUUAGGCUUUUUCUUAGACGUAGCUGAGACCACAAACAGUGCACAUGGAGUACUAUUUCAGAAACAUGCAGGCACCAGACGAGUACUCAUGUACAUCAGCACCCUCAUGGAUCCCAUUGAACAACGUCAACCAGCCUGCGCCAGAUUUUCAGCAGGUCUUGCAAAAGUUAUUGACAAAAUAGCACAUGUAGUUAUGGGCCACAAGCUGACAAUCCUAACCACACAUUCAGUGAUCUCCUUUGUGAACUCUGCAUCAUUCACAUUCUCCCCUCUCAGGCAAAGAAAAUUAGCAAAAUGUCUGACAGCACCGCACAUCACAUACACACAUGAAGGUGUGAAUAUGGCUGAUUUGUUCACCACAGGUGAACCUCAUGAUUGCGCUCCACUUACAGAACUGGCAUGUAGGGUCCGACAAAACCUCAGUGCCUCACCUUUACCGCCAUCACCUGACGUGAUCACCUUGUACACAGAUGGCUGUUGUUUCAGGUCGCCUGACGGCUCUCUGGUGUCAGCUUUUUCAGUGGUUGAACAAACAAACGAAGGGUUUAUCACUAGAUACGCAGAAAAAUUAGAAGGAAAACAGUCAGCACAAAGGGCAGAAUUGAUAGCAGUAACAAAGGCCUUAAGAAUAACAGGGACAGGGAAGGUCAACAUUUACAGCGACUCAGCAUAUGUCGUUGGGGUAGUACAUGUCGAAUUACCGGUCUGGCAAAGAUGUGGGUUUGUCACCACCUCAGGUAGGCCCAUUAUUCAUGAAGCUGAGGCCAGGGACCUGCUGGAAGCACUGCUUAUUCCGCAAGCGGUAGCUGUCAUAAAAUGCCAAGGCCACAGCAAAACUGACACCUCUAUUGCAAAGGGUAAUGAAGCCGCUGACCUGGCAGCAAAAACCGUAGCAGGCUACCAUGCAACCAUGAUGACACAGACUGUCUGUAAUUCAGACGACCUGUUACCAUGUUUUAGCAGAUCUCUUUUGGUAGAAGAGCAAAUGAAAAGUUCACCGGAAGAACAAUCAGUAUGGCAAGAAUAUGGAGCACUUUGUGCUCCAGACGGUUUAUGGCAGGCCCCUGAUGGACGCCCGGCCAUGCCUGUAAAUCUAUCAUCUUCCAUCAUGACCGAGGCACACACACACUCGCAUGUGGGCACGAAGCAAAUGAUGAAGACCCUAAAACACUGGUGGCACCCCUUUCUGUCAGCCAUGGUGUCAAACUUUGUGUUUUCAUGCACAAUCUGUCAGACACAUAAUGUCAAGCCAACAUUAAGACAAUUGCAAGGAGCAUUCUGGCCGCUACGCGGCCCAGGGGAAGAAAUUGUUAUUGAUUUCACGGACAUGAUAGAGAGGGUGCAAGGCAAAAGGUAUCUGUUAGUGAUGGUUGACCAGUUCACUGGCUGGCCUGAAGCAUACCCUACAAGUCGGGAAGAUAGUACCGCAGUCAUUAAAUGUCUGGUGAAUCAUUACAUUCCUCAUUAUGGUUUUCCACGACGGGUCCGAUCAGAUAACGGAUCACAUUUCAAAAACGAACAUCUACGUGCUGUUGAAAAAUCACUUGGGUUGACACAUGCAUUUGGUUCAGUUUAUCAUGCAAAAUCUCAAGGGAAGGUCGAACGUAUGAACCUAACGUUGAAACUUAAAUUGGCUAAAAUCUGUGCACAGACCAAAUUGACAUGGUUAUCAGCUCUUCCACUUGCAUUAAUGUCUGUCCGUGCAUCUGUUAACAGAAUUUCUGGCUUUACCCCUUUUGAACUGUUUACAGGUAGACCUUUUCCAGGACCAACGACGCCAUUGCAGCCUGACUGCUGUCUACAAAGUUCACAGGGCAUGUACUUUGACAAAUUAACUGCAAUGAUCAAACAUUUCUCUCAGCAGGCACCACCUCUCAGUGAGCCUGAACCGCUUCCUCCCCUUUCACAGUGGGUCCGUCUGAAGCAAUUUCGCAGGAAAUGGAAUGAAGCAAGGUGGAGCGAACCUUUGAGAGUAACUGACAGAACUUCACACUGCGUCCGCCUUGCAGGAAAAGGCGACACCUGGUAUCAUUUGUCCUCUUGUGUUAACUGUGAUCCACCAAACAGGUCACUCGCUGAAACAUCUGGGGACCUGAGGAAUCAGGUCCAAGAGAGGGAGGGUAUUGAGAGACCAGAGACAACAACAGGAAAAUUGAAAAUUAAGCACAAAAAAGAUGACAUUUUUUCAAGCCCACAGAGUGAACCAUUAGCACAUUGUGUAAGUGAAGACUGUGCAUAUGGAGCAGGUAUUGCAGUGACAUUUAAAAACAGGUAUGGGGUGGAGAAAGUAAGACAACAAAACAAAAGAACAGGUGAUUGUGUAGUGACUCAUGAGGAAGACGGCAGAACCAUCUUCCACUUAAUCACAAAAGUAAAGUAUACUGACCUCCCCACUUAUGAAAAUUUCACUAAAAGCCUGACACACAUGAGAGACUGGUGUGUAGAACAUAGAAUGAGAAGUGUUUCUGUACCCCGGCUGGGGUGUGGUCUGGACAAAUUGGAUUUCCAAAGAGUCCAGAAUAUCUUAAGUGAAGUGUUUGCAGCCUUGUGUACAAAUGCUUGGGGAAAGCAGAUAAUGCAGAUUGGUGCCUCUAGGAAUACAAAGGAGAACGAAGCUGAUUGA